AUGUCGUCCUGGCUUGGGGGCCUCGGCGCCGGCUUGGGCCAGUCUCUGGGUCGAGUGUGGGGUAGCCUGGCUUCCCUCAGCGGCCAGAUUUCAGAUUUGACAAAAGAGAUGCUGAUGGAGGCCGCGGAGGAAGUGGAAGAAUUACCUAAUUCUAGGAGAACGGAAAUUGAAGCCAUUCAUGCAGUCUUAAAAUCAGAGAAUGAAAGACUGAAAAAACUUUGCAGUGAUCUGCAAGAAAAGCAUGAAGCCUCAGAGCUUCAAAUAAAGCAGCAAUCUACAAAUUACCGAAAUCAACUACAACAGAAAGAGAUCGAAAUCAGCCAUCAUAAAGCAAGACAGAUUGCGCUAGAGGAUCAGUUGCUGAAACUGCAGUCAGCCACUCAGUCAGUACAUUCAGGAGCUGGUGGUAUACCAGCAACCACUGCAUCUUCUUCAUUCGGUUGUGGGAUUAGUCAUCAUGCCUCAGCUUUCCGUGAUGAUGACAUGGACUUUGGAGAUCUCAUUUCAUUACAACAAGAAAUAAACAGACUGUCAAAUGAAGUUUCAAGACUUGAGUCUGAAGUUGGCCAUUGGAGGCAUAUUGCUCAGGUAGCUAAAAUUUUCAUGAAACAAGGAACACAUAGCUCUGAUCAAAGAGAAAUCUUCAAACUGCAAAAUAUCAUUAAGGAGGCCAUGCAGAUAUCUGAGAAAAGUUUAUGUACAUUGACUUUUUUGGGAGGAGAUGCUGAAAAUGAAAUGAGACUGAAUAGUUUAAACCAGAAUACCAAUCUUACUGAAGACAAUGUGAACUUUCAAAUGCUUUUCCAAGUUUUAGAAAAAGAUAAUGCAUUAUUGAGCCAAGAAAAGGGAGAACUUCAGAUAUCAGUUAAACUGAACAAUGACUAUGAAGUAAUGAAAAGUACAGCUGCAAGAGAUAUGAGUUUGGAUUCAGAAUUACAUGACUUAAGACUUAGUUUGGAGGAACAGGAACGAGAACUCAAUCAGAGUAUUAAGGAAAAGGAAAUACUGCUAACCAAGGUAGGAGAAUUGGACAAACAGAACCAAGAAGCUACAAAGGUAAUGUUAUAUUAAAGACAGUGAGCGCAUUAUUUGAUAAAAGAUCAGCUAUCAAAACAACAAAAUGAAGGAGAUAGGAUUAUCAGUAAACUGAAACAAGGUGUAGACAAUGAAAAGAAGACAGUUCAUCAACUUGAGUAUGAUAAAAUGAACCUUACUAAAGAGUUAGACAUGAAGAAAGAACAGAUAAUUCAAAGGGAACUGGUCCUGAAUGAUUUGCAUUUAAUCAAGGAGGAGCUUGAGGAUAAAGCAGAAGAUUUAGUAUAUCAGCUAGGUAAAUCACAAAAAAAUAAUUCAAACAUCCAGGAGAACCUUGAACUUAAGGAACAUAUUAGACAAAAUGAGGAAGAGCUUUCUAGAGUCUGGAAGGAGUUAACUCAGUCUCUCAAUCAAGACUCUAAUAGUAUUUUUAAGGAUAACUUACUUAAAGAAAAGGACACUGAAGUUAGAAACUUAAAGCAAAAUCUUUUAGAAAUAGAACAGCUCAAUGAAAAUUAAGAAGUUGCUUUUGAUCUGAAAAUGGAAAAUGAAAAGUUGGUUUUCACAUGUGAAGAUGUAAGGCAUCAGUUGGAAGAGUCUGUAGCUCAGAAAGGUCAGAUUUCUCUGGAAAAAAAACACUAUGUGGAGACUCUAGAAGUGGAAAAAGGACAGCUAGAAGCAGAAUUGUGUCAGGCUAAAGAGAGGCUGUUGGAAGAAGCAAGCAAGUAUAAGCAAAACAUUGAAGAACUAUCAAAUGCACAUAACUCGAGCACCUCUGCCUUACAGCUGGAUCAUGAGAGUCUAAUUCAACUCAGUCAAGAGAAAGACUUUGAAAUAGUAGAACUCAAAAAGCAUAUUGAGCAAAUGGAUACUGAUCAUAAAAAAACUAAGGAAAAUUUGUCAUCUAGUGAAGAAGAGCAGAAGCAAUUGACAGAAGCUAUAAAGGAAAAAGAACUUUUUAUUGAAAAGCUUAAAGAAAAGUGUUCAGAGCUGCAGGAGGAAUUAGAUAAAUAUUCUCAGACCUUAAUGCCAAAUGAAAUUUUAAGGCAGACCAUAGAGGAAAAGGACAGAAGUCUUGGAGCCAUGAAAGAAGAAAACAGUCAUCUGCAAGAAGACCUGGAACAACUCAGGGAAGAGCAGAGUCAAGCUGCACCUGUGGCUGAGCCCAAACCACUCGAUAGUAUUACAGACCUAGAAUCUGAGGUAUCUCAAGUGAAUAUAAUCAAGGAUCGUCUUGAAGAGGAAAUUAAACAUCAACAGAAGAUAACUGAAGAUCAGAACCAGAGUAAGAUGCAACUACUUCAAUCUUUACAGGAGCAGAAGAAGGAAAUGGAUGAGUUUAGAUACCAGCAUGAGCAAAUUAAUGUCACACACACCCAGCCCUUUUUAGAGAAAGAUGAGGAAAUUAAGAAUUUGCAAAAACCAGUUGAACAGAUCAAAACCCAGUUGCAUGAAGAAAGACAGGACAUUCAAACGGAGAAUCCUGAUAUUUUACAAGAAACAGUUCAGAGCCUUAAUAUAGAAAAUGGAAGUGAAAAGCAUGAUUCAUCUAAAGCUGAAACUGAAAGAUUAGUGAAAGAAAUAAAAGAACGAGAACUAGAGAUUAAACUUCUAAAUGAAAAGAAUAUAUCUCUAACUAAACAGAUCGAUCAGUUGUCCAAAGAUGAGGUUGGUAAACUAACUCAGAAUAUCCGACAGAAAGAUUCGGAGAUAGAAGCUCUUCACGCUAGAAUUUCUUCAGCUUCCUACACCCAGGAUAUUAUGUACCUUCAACAGCAAUUGCAGGUCUAUGCUAGGGAAAGAGAACAAGUAUUAGCUGUUUUGGAUGAGAAGACGUGGGAAAAUAGGCAUUUAAAAGCAGAUUAUCAUAAAAUGAUGGAUAUAGUUGCAGCCAAAGAAGCAGCCCUCAUUAAGCUGCAGGAGGAAAACAACAAAUUGUCCACUGGAUUUGAGCGUAGCAGCCAAGACAUGUUUAGAGAAAGUGUUCAGAAUUUAUCACGUAUCAUUCAAAAAAAAGACAUUGAAAUAGAUGCAUUAAGUCAGAAAUGUAAGACUUUAUUAGAAAUUUUACAAACAUCCAGCACUGGUAAUGAGGCUGGAGUUGUGAACAGUAAUCAGUUUGAGGAGCUUUUACAGGCACGGGAUAAAUUAAAACAGCAAGUAAAGAAAAUGGAAGAGUGGAAACAGCAGGUGAUGACCACCGUACAAAAUAUGCAACACGAGUUGGCUCAAUGUGAGAAAGCACUUCUUCAGCUUCAGGCAGAAGUUUUGGUUGACAGUGAUAAUAAUUCUAAAUUACAAGCGGACUACACUGGCCUGAUCCAAAGUUACGAGCAGAAUGAAACCAAACUCAAAAGUUUGGGGCAGGAAUUAGCAAAAGUUCAGCAUAGCAUGGGGCAGCUUUGCAAUACUAAAGAUCUUCUUUUGGGAAAACUUGAUAUGCUUUCAUCCCAGCUCUCUUCUGAGAAAGAUGCAACAAUUAGAACUCUCCAGGAAAAUAACAGAUUCUCUGAUUCAAUUGCCAUCACCUCAGAGCUAGGAGAAAAAGAACAUGAACAAACUGAUUCAGAAAUUAAGCAGCUAAAGGAGGAACAAGAUGUUUUACAGAAGCUACUUAAAGAAAAAGACCUCUUAAUCAAAGCCAAAAGUGAUCAAUUACUGUCUUCAAAUGAAAGUUUCACUAACAAAGUGAAUGAAAAUGAACUUUUGAGGCAGGCAGUAACAAACCUGAAAAAGAGAAUAUUAAUUUUAGAAAUGGACAUUUGUAAACUAAAAGGGGAAAAUGAAAAAAUAGUAGAAACAUCCAGGGUAAAGGAAACAGAAUAUCAAGCAUUACAGGAGACUAAUAUGAAGAUUUCUAUGAUGCUGCGAGAGAAAGAGUUUGAGUGCCAAUUGAUGAAGCAGAAGGCUCUUGCUCUUGAGCAAAUACUGGAAGAAAACGAACGGGUAUGUUCUGGCAAGACUGGACAGUUAAAUCAACUUUUAAAUGCAGUUAAUUCAAAGCAGGAGAAGACAGUUACAUUUCAACAGGAGAGAGACCAAGUCACAUUGCCCCUGAAUGAGAAACAAAUGGAAAACAAUACCCUACAGAAUGAGGUUCAACAUUUACAUAACAAAGAAUUAUGGUUAAACCAGGAGCUAGAGAGAUUGUGUAAUCAUCUUUUAGAAUCAGAAGAUUCUUAUACCCGUGAGGCUUUGGCUGCUGAAGACAGAGAGGCUAAACUAAAAAAGAAAGUCACAGAAUUGGAGGAAAAGCUAGUUUCAUCCACUAAUGCAAUGGAAAAUUCAAGCCAUCAAGCCAGUGUGCAGGUAGAGUCAUUACAGGAGCAAUUGAAUGUAGUCUCCAAGCAAAGGGAUGAAACUGCACUGCAGCUUUCGGUCUCCCAGGAACAAGUAAAGCAGUAUACUCUAUCACUAGUCAACCUGCAGAUGGUACUAGAGCAUUUCAAACAAGAGGAGAAAGCUAUGUAUUCUGCUGAACUAGAAAAGCAAAAACAGCUUAUGGCUGAGUGGAAGGAAAAGGCAGAAAAUCUGGAAGGAAAAGUGGUGUCAUUACAGGAACAUUUGGGUGAAACAAAUACUGUGUUGGAUUCAGCAUCAAGACUUACAGAACAGUUAGACCUAAAGGAAGAACAAAUUGAAGAAUUUAAAAAACAGAGGAACAUGGCGCCGAGGCUGCUGUUGACACUGCUGGAUCCUGGAGGCCGGGACCACGCUGAAGGUGGCUGGCUGCCCUAUUCAGGAUUCUAG